AUGUCAGUUUCAGAAAAAGCUCAGGAAAUUCAUGACAUUAUGGUCACAAACAUGUCGUCAUCUCUGCAGUCGUUCUCGCAGACUGACCUCUCUGAACUGGUCCAGAUAGAGAACGCAGAGGACCUGAUGAAACACAUCCAAGAGUUGUUGAACCACAAGCUUGUGAAGCUGAUCCAGAGUCAGGGGGCUUUGAGAUUUCAACCUGUUAAUGAAACUGAUGCCGCUAAAGUUAUGCGGAUGUCGAAGGAUGAAGCAAUGGUCUACUCAUACAUAGAAGCCAGUGGCCGGGAGGGUAUAUGGACCAAGACGAUCAAGGCCAGAACCAAUCUUCACCAACACAUCGUACUGAGAUGCUUAAAAUCGUUGGAAAAUCAAAGUUUCAUUAAGAGUGUGAAAUCAGUGAAACAUCCCACGAGGAAAAUCUACAUGCUGUACCAUCUCACUCCCAGCAUUGAUGUUACUGGUGGUCCAUGGUUCACCGAUUCAGAGCUGGACACCGAGUUUAUCGAUUCGCUGCUUGUUGUUACGUGGAGAUAUGUUGCAUCGAAAAGUUAUCCAAAUGCUUUCAAGAAGACAGGAGCAUUGCAAGAGUCAUAUCCGGCAAGUCAUAUCCAGAGCAUGCCUACCACCGAUGACAUUUGCAAGUUUAUUGGAAUUAGUGGAAUAACUUCUGUUGAGUUGACUCCCUCAGAUAUACGAAGCCUUUGUGAUGUGCUAGUAUAUGAUGGAAAACUGGAUAGAGUGAACGGUGGAGACUCGUACAUGGCUACAUGGCAAAGCAUUCUGGAGUCCAGGGGAGAUGAGACUGACAGCAUAGAACAUCCAUACAGUAUCUUUGACACCCACCAAGCCUCAGAAAACAUGGGUGGUGACUACGAUGAGAGCGAAGAGAUGUUAUAUCUGGAUUCGUGGAUUAGUACGUGA